UGGAGACAUCGCUCAGUCUGGUGCCUGCUUUAGAAGUAGCGGAGCACCGUGCAUGUGCUAGUGACUCCUUGUGUAGGCGGAUGUUGUAUUAAGGCGCUAAAAGUGUCGGAAGUUUUGUAUAGAAGUGGUGAGAAAAUUUGUGGUUUUGCGUGUGGCGGAAUAAUUUUAUCUGGUGUUGUAAUGGCGCGCAUUGCAAUCGAGGCUGUCUUUCUAGCAUUUUUAAUGUGCCUGCUAGCUGAAAAAGGCCUCUGCAGACCAGAGAGCAAAGAAGAAUCGUACGAUUAUUAUCCGAAUGAUGAUGAUGGGGAUUACGAUGAUGAGAAGGAUGACACGUACAAUGGACUGCCACCCGUAAUGAAGAGCAAGCCCCUCACCCUGGAAGUGCAUCCGGGCGAGACUGUGGCUCUACCUUGUGCCACUCUGAAUAUGACCCAUGAUUUAGAGGUAUUUACUGUCAUAUGGAAGAAAGACAGCACACUUCUGUUUGUGGACAAGAUCCAACAAGGGGCCAAGGAUCCACGAAUUACAUAUCGUAGACAUAACAACUCUCUGGUUGUUACCCAUAUCAAACCCAGUGACUCUGGACACUAUUCCUGCAUCUACAGCAGUACUCCAGAAGUAGAAUUGAAGCAUACAGUCAACGUUUUUGCCCCAGCAUCGAUAAAGAGCAUACAACCAAGUGGAUCCCUUUCAUUUGAGAAGGGUUCUGCAGUCACAUUGCAGUGUAACGUUACUGGAUAUCCCAACCCAGAUAUAGUGUGGAAGAAGUUGGGGAAGCAUGAUCAGCCUGAUGCAACUGUCAUUGCAACCAGUGAAAAUAUCACUCUUAAUUCUGUAGAACGACUUGACUCUGGCACUUACGAGUGCAUUGCCAAAAAUAAUCAAGGACCUGAAGUAUCAGCGCAAGUCUCUAUUCAUGUUACAUAUGCUCCUGAAAUCGAUAUUGAUGAAGAGCUUGUGACAUCAGGAAAAGAUUAUGAAGCAGUAUUGAAAUGUGUUGUGCAUGCAGAGCCCAAAGCAAAGGUUCACUGGAUGAAAGAUAAUGAGUCCAUAACUGAUGAUUCAGGUCGUGUGAAGACCUUUAGGGAAGGCAACAAAUUCUAUUAUCAUAUUGAGAAAACCCAAGUUUCUGACUUCGGCAGGUACAAGUGCAUUGCAUCCAACAGCAUGGGGACUACCAACUCGAAGGAAAUUGAACUCACUGGGAGACCUUUGACACCACGUCUCAUCAGGGCCACUGUUGGAGCUGAUGGCAGGAGCCUCGAUGUAGAGUGGCAUAUCAUCAGCUACUCUCCAGUUCUUGAGUACAAAGUACAGUACAAGAACAUAAAGGAACCUGGGAAAUGGCAAGUGAUAGCAACACCUGUGCAGGAUGGAGAAGAAGGCAAUGUUUAUCAACUUCAGUAUCAGUUAAAAGAUCUUCCACCAGGAGACUUCAUAGUGACACUUCGAGCAAGAAAUUUUUAUGGGUGGACGAUUCAGGCAAAACCACAUUCUUUUACCAUAAAGAAUGAAAGCCAUGCGGCAACUGCUGAAACUAGUAAAUUGGAAGAAGGACGGAUCAAUAGUGACAGCACUGUGCCCAGGUUAACAUCAGUACUUACAGUCAUCAGUCUUGGUACUUUUCUGCUGUAGUGAGUUUUGUGACUGCAAGGAAGUUGUUGCUUUUCCUUCAGACUGUAUGACUGAGACAGCACUGGUGAUUAUGAGAAAAUAUGUUUGAAUCAGAAAAGGGCAGUAAGAAAAACAAAGUCUUUGUCCAGUCAAGUGGAGUACCUGGGAGAUAUAUGAUGGAAUCUUGUAUUUCCAGAAUUUGUGUGUGGAUUCAACUUUAUUACUGAAUCAUCAGUGUGGAUUUAAUUACAUUUUAAAGACACUUCAACAAUUGGAAAUGCAGCUUAAACAGAACUAACAGUUCAAUUUAAUAGGAGAAGAGGAAUCUCUUGUAAUUUAUGAUAAUUAAUAACAGUUUUCCCCAGUAUUGUAUAUGAUGGCACUGUUUUUACAAUUAUAUUUGGUCUUUUAUCCUGGGUGCCAUAAAUUAAGUAAAAUGAUUUGUUUGAGGAUUUAUUCACUAUGUGUUGAGUCAAAUCUAAAAGGAUAAUGUCAUCAUUACUAUGGAACCGAAAGAACUUUGAAUUAUGGUGAUAAAAUCAGGGGAUUGCAUAAGUGGUCUAGAGAUGUAAUAUCAUGUAAACCAUGUUGCAAAGAAGGCAGGGUAGAGUAAGGUUUUAUUAAAAGUGCAAGAAGUUUUAGAUGUGUGUUUUUUUUACAUGGUAUUAUAAUUUAUGUUUCUGAAACAGUUACACUUGACACAUUUCAUUCUCGAUUUAAAUGGCUGUUUUAGACAUCUUUGUUUGUGUAAAGAGAUGGUAACUUUCUACUGACAUGUACCAGGAAAGUGGACAGUUGUUUUGAAGAUACAUUUUCCUGCUGUUUGACAUCAUGGUAAAGCUAACUGAAAGUGAAUGAUUUUUACGCAACUUACUUGCAUCAUGUGGAAGCAUAUGUUGAAUUCAUGGCAGUUAAUUCAGUGUAGUCUUAAGAUGAUAAUGCGUUGGCACUAGAACUGUUAAUCAAAUGCAACUCCCUUGCAGAAAUUAUAUAUUUUUUUAUAUCACUGUUAUCUCCAUUAUAAAUGAAUUGCUUCACAUUAUUGUUUUACUACCUUAAUUUCCAGUUGUGAGUCAGCAGAACUUUGUUAACCUCUUCCUACAAAGCAAUUUGAAACAUACAAGUAAGCACAGUCACAGUCGCUGGUAUUUCAUUUUUUUACUGAUUCUUAUUAAAAUAAAGUCAGUUUUCUGGCUUUUUCAUACAAUUGGUCCUAGCAUUUAAUGUUUGUGAAACGAUUGUUUGUAGUCUGUAUGGUGUCUUCUGUAUAACCAAGUCAUCAAAUAUGCUGAUUAGGAAUUAUUACCCAGUAGACAUGUUCUAAGUUGUUAAAGGCAGUAUCUGAAUAUCUGGUUUCAAAUUUGUGAGUUUUAUUUAAAUUGUACCAUUGUGAAUAUUCUAGCAUUUUGCAAACUUUAAUGUCCUUCCAUUUAAAAGAGUUCUGUUUUGUGUAUAACUGGAAAGCAGAGGGAGAGAGAGAGUUUCCACUUAUAUCCAUUGCUUAUGUUUAUCCAUCAUGAUAUAAGAUAAAUAUACAAAAGCUUUUGUAUACUAAUUUUUUAUUGUAAAAUCAUGUGUCUUUAUGCAGUAAAAUUUCCCUACAUGUCAGAUAUACAUGUAUAUUGCAUUGGAUAUUGUAUCUUAUUUGAAUAUUAUUCAUGAAAUAAUUAUAGAUGUAAUUGUAACUAGAUCUGAAUUAAUAGGAGAUAUAUUAUAUCAACUUUUCACUGGGGAAAAGUGUUUCGUUGAAUAAUUGUUUAAUCCAAUGAGAUAAGAAUAUCAUCUGUGUCCUGUGAGUUUGAAUUCUGAAAUUGGGUUAGAAAUUGGAGUCAUUAAAAAUUCUAAAUGAAAAAGAAAAUAACAAAAAACUAGGUCACAUUUAUGUGGCACAAUACAUUUUUCUUAUAAUUAAUCCAUGUAAUGUGUUGUUUUUGUAUGUUUUUAUUCUAAAUGGAUGCACAUUAUCUGUUACAUAAUGCCAAGACAUACAUUUCACUUGCUAACUUUCAGAGGCUGUAAAAUUCUAACCAGUCAGAGUUAACUUUUCAAGGGAAUAUCUGACUUUUCACUGAUGAGAUAAAAAGAAAAUGAAAACAUUCCAAAUUAUGAAUGUCUGAAAUGCAUUCAGCUAUCACUGCCUCUCAUAUUGCAGCUGAAUUCUGAAAAUAGUAACAAAAGAUGCCCGAUAAUAACUCUCCAGAAGUAUUUUCUAAGCAGCUCUGCAACAAUAUUUAGAAGAAGGAAGGUAUUUUAGAUUUAGAAUAUACUGAAAUUUAAACAUUAUGACAGGAAAGCAGUCUAUGCGCUGUGCUAAAACUUUUAUGAAAAGUGGAAUUCUAAUUUGUGUAUGUUGAUAAUUAAUUGUGACUUCUGAGCUGGUUAGCGAAUUUCUGGAGUGAUGCACAGUGAUAUGUUACAACACUUUUAGAACAGUUGUUAACAAUACAAACUUUAAAAAUGCAGUCAAAACAUUUUCUUAAUGGACGAUCACAUAUUAACAUGGUAGUGACCGGAUUUGAUACAUAAUUUGAAUAACUUACUUCUGGGCAAUUUCAUAUUUCUAUUAAAGGAAACAUUUUUCAUUAUUACUCUGUAAUAACUGACUAAAAUAGCAAAGAAUAUCACAAUUGAAAUUUGUUACUGAAUGAAGUCAUACAUACAGGCCUUACUCUGGUUAUUGAUGCAAGCAGGUGUUUUUAGUGAUUUUUGUUUCAUUGUAAAGAAUGAAAUCCAAAUAUUUUCUUUGUGGGAUACCUAAGAAAGGAACAGUAGAAGAAGUAAUAAUAGUAACUUACAGCUGCCACUUGGACAAAGUUAAACAAAUCCUGAUUGUGUAGAAAUGAAAAUGUUUUUCUACUGUAUAGAAAUCAAAAUUUUCUCCUACUUUACAUAUUCUACAGUUUAGUUUAGAGAGCUGUUAAUACACUUAGAAAAUGUGCCUUCUUGAAUCUAAUGAUUUCUGAUUCCUUUGAAUCGGUAUUGGUAGUUAUUAUCUGAAAUUACUUGUUGCUAAUCAGAGGUUUACUUUUUUACUGGUCAUAACUUAACCUGUACCAAAGAUGGUUAAUAAGGAUGCAGAAACAUCUGUCACUGGUGAUGUUACCAAGACACUGGAGACCCUCAAGAGUGUUAAGCUGAGAGCAAUAGCUUUUUUAAUUUUGGGAGCCAAAUAUUUUGGCUGGUAAACAAUAAUGUGGGGCUGACUGUAAAUUUAAUAUCCUGAAAUAACAUGAAUGACAACAUGCUUAAAAUAUAUGUAGAUGUGAAAUUUUCAUCUUGAAUUUAGACUUCAUUAAUAAAAAUUAUUGAAAAUAAAUUUCAGAUUUCUCAAAGCUGUACAUUAAACUACCGCAUAGUUAAUCCAAUGUCAUGUUGACAUUUCUUCUGCAGUAUCACUUCCUGAUCUGUGUUGCCAUGAUAUAUUCAUGCUGAUGUGAGGUAUCUUCAUAAAGUGACUUGCUUGGAACUGGACAGCUAUGAUUUGAUGCCAGUGGAGGAUUUCGAUUUUUCUCUCUUUCAUCAUCUUCAGAUCACAGCUUUCCAACCCAAAUGAGUUCCAAGGCAGGCAAAACAAUCUCUCCAUCUAGCGUUGGGGUUAUGAAUACACCUCCUGCUUCUAUUUACAAUUUUGUGGUUAGGUGCAUCGUGAGAAAUAUAAUUUUACAUUUUAUCUACUUUAUACCAUUGAAUGCUUAUAUCUAAUCUAUGAUUUUAUACCUUACUGAGGAGCCUUAAAUCACUUCAGCUGCUGCUGUUAUUGUUGCCAACAUUCCCAGUGAUAAAAGGUUUAAGUUUCAUGCAUUUUUAUUGCACAGUGUUUGUAAUAUAAUUAUAACAGAAAAUCAAACCUGGAGAAAAAAUAGAAUUGAAUUGUGUAUAAAUUGUGUGUAAGGGAUUAUCAAAACCAAAGUAUUUGAUUUAACUCAACAGAGUUUGUGUACCUAUGCAGUAGCUGAUUUUACAGCUGCUAGGGAAGUAACUGUUGAUAGUUGUUGAGAGUGUAUAAAAUAAUUUCAUAGUUCAUUAUGAAUAAAUACUUCUGCCUAAGUAUCUGUAAUGCUAGUAAAAACAUUACAUUCUAUACAUAUAUAUAUAAUUAUAUUAAUAACAAUAGAAAAUAAUAAUCACUUUGUAUAUAUGUUGAAUGCUAUUUAAAUUUGAGUGUGUAACAGUUAUGUUUUUAAUUAUAUAAUUUUAUUUUGGUGAGCUUUCUCUGUUCCUUGUGUGACAGCUUGGCCUGGAUACAUUCUGCAUUCCAGUGCUCUUUUACUUAAUAUUAAGAUUAUGUUGUGGAUGUUCUGAUUCUUAUUGCUCUUGGGAAGUAGGUUUGCUCUGAGUAGUGUUAUUUUGAAUGCUAGAUUUCAGAGAAUAAGAUGUCAGUGUUUUUGAAUCAUUUGCCUGAUGGAGAGACCUUGUUGUACUCCAGUUUUUGUCAUAUAUUUCCAUGGUAAUGCAUUUUUCAAGUUUUUGAGGCAUGUAUGCUAAUGAAUUGGAAUAACAAAACUAAACUGAGAAUAUAACUGAAAAAUAUUUUGCACUUUUUUUGUAUACCAAAAUGUAUCAGACUGUGUAUUAAAAUUCUGAAACUGAUAAUGGAAAUAAGUUGGCUGUAAGAAUUAAUAAAAGGAUAAUAUAAGAUUUUAAAUUAUUUGACGUGCUUGGCUUUGAAAUUUCUUCCAGUCAUAUUAUAAUAUGUGCAGAAACAUGUGUAGAGUUUGUCUGAAACCAAAACAAUUCUGGAAGAAUGUUACUAUUCUUGUCCCCCCCCCAAAUCAACACUUUACUUGCAUAAUUACUAUUUAUUCUGCUUUUCCUCAGUUCCAAAUAUAGCAAGUGCACAGGAAUGACAAACUCAGAAGUAUAUCAAAUUCAUACUAACUCUUUGGGAAUUGGAAAUUAAAUUAAUUUUUUGACAUAAUGUUGUGACUGAAACAAUUUAACACCUGUAAAUACACAUGAUUUUAGUUGUAUUGGAUUCAUUGCAUGUCAUAUUCAGGUUAUUUUUGUUACAGUUCUCUAUCUGAUGACCACAGCUUGUUAUUCAGUUGACUUGUUAUACUAAAGAACAAAUUAUGUUACCUAGACUGCAAAUAUUGAUAUAAAUUAUGCAUUAUCAUGCUAUUUAUAUUGCAUUCGCUUUUUAAAUUUUAAUUCUUUAAAAUGGAUUACAAAUUCAAACAUAUCCCAAAAGCAAUAAUAAUAAUGGAACAGCUAAAUAUUACAGAAAGGAAUGGAUCUAUAUCUUAAGCUUUUGUAGAAUAACAAAAUACAGUUGAUCCAGAAAUAUGAGAAGAAUUUUAAUAUGGCAAGGAAAAAUCUGAUGUGCAAAGUAACAAUGAAGUUUAAGUAGAUAAGAGUAUCAGAAUGGAGAAUGGUCAUGCCAUGUAUUCCCUCUGAUCCCUGUCAUUUGAAAAUAGAUUGCACAUUAAUUACAGUUUUACAUGCAGUCACAUUCUUUUCAUGCUAUUAAGUAUGAGAUGGAAUCACUAAAUUGAAUGGGAGAGCAAUCUGUUUCCACUGCAGAUCGUGGAUACAAAACAUUAAGGCUGAUUUAAUAUAAAGUAAGUGAAAUCAUAUAUUGGAAUCACUUAUUUCUUUAGCCUUCUUAUAAUUUAAUUUCAGAUUUUAAUAAGUUUUAUGCUCCAUCAUAAAAAUUGUAACAUUUAGAUUAGAAAACAUAAUAAUGUUGAAAAAGAAUGUUAUUGUUAGUAUCCAUUUUGUUAAUUCCUGCAUGUUGGUAUCCAAAUCAUAAUAUUUGUAGGUAAAAUGAUACUUAAUGUCAAAAAAAAAAAUCGCCCUAUCAAUUACAUCUAUUUUAGUAACCCUCCAAAAGGAAGUUUUUAUAGCACUCUGUGGUGGAUUUGUGACUCUCAGAUUUCCCUGUCUCCUGCUGGUUAUAUCACCUGCCAUGGUUACUCUUGCAUGUGCCAUAUAUAUUUAAUAGUUUACUAUGUUUUUGAAAUAAAUUUCCUGCUUAGUUUCUACUGAAUGUAGGUGAGAAACAUGGAAUAAAGAAUGCACAAGGUCUUUUUGAGGGUUAUGUCUGCGUAAUGCAAAAAUUGAUGAGUAUGAUGGUAACUUUUUAUUUGUAGGAUAUUAUUUGACCAAUUUUUAGGUGAAAUUUUACUGCUGUAAUUCAUUCACGUGUUCCAUCUACUGCAUUCUCUACUGAGUUUAAAAUAUUCUAGGACAACUAUUAAGAAAGUAAACCAGUCAACAUAUAAGUUACUGAAAUAAUUGUAUUGUUUGUGUUGUGUUUCAUCUAGAGAUAUAUGAGUCACUGUUCCUCAUGCUUUGUAUCAGCCAGGAAGAAGUGCAGUAUUUACUCUGCUAUUCAGAUCUGGUCAUCGCAUUGCCUAAAUCCACAAAAUAAGAAAAGCAUUGUACAUGUUGUAAGGUACUGGUUAAAUGGCACUUCUAAGGAGUUGGAGCGGGUUAAAAUGUACUAUAAAGAUGUAUAAGAGUGUAAAUAUUCUGUCUUGUCAGUUUAUGAAAUAUAAAAUAAAUAGAAACUGGAUAUAUAUUUGAUAUUUGUAUGUGUGUGUGAAUGUCUGUCUACAGUGUAUUUCAAUUAAUAGCAGUUUUAAUUUAUGGAGUAAUUGUGUUAAAGCAAAUUUAGUUUUAAGGCAAUCAGUGUAUUAUAAAUUUUUAUGCAUUAUAAUGCAGGACUCUAAUUGUCUUAAUUAUUCAUCCUUAAGUAAAUAUUAAAAAUGUUUGAUUAUAUUUCUUUAA